UAAAAUGAAGGAAAAAACAAAGAAAUAAAUCAUAAAAAAAUCUAUGCAAAUUAAGAUUAAAUAUCCAAACAACGUCACGGCCAUGAUUUCCUGUGUUUACACUUGAUGAAUUAUUAAUGAGUUCGCGGAAUAUUUUUAGCAUACUCUUAUCAUUGGAUCGCUGUCAAUAAUGAUGCUUUCCUUGAUUUUAGAUGUGGACGAGUGUUUCCCUGACCAGAUAUCUGAUGAAUAUCUUCAUCUUGCUCACAACUGCCAUGCUGAUGCUAACUGUUCCAACACUAAAGGAUCAUUCUACUGCACGUGUCAUACGGGGUACUCUGGAGAUGGUGUUUUGUGUUUAGACAUCAAUGAAUGUGACCCAUCUGGAUUGUCACCUGAGUAUCAACAUUUGGCUCACAUUUGUCAUGAUGAUGCUAACUGUACAAACACAAAAGGAUCUUACUACUGCACAUGCCUGAACGGAUACUCUGGCUUAGGAGAAUAUUGCACAGGUAGAGUUCUUAGAAUGCUCGCUUUGAAGAGUGAGUGUGUCUUGGGAAGAGAACACAAAGAGGAUUAAUAACACUUAAAACUGACUACUAACGGACAUUAAUGGGAUCGCCAGUUUACCUCAGAAGAGAAAAGGGCAGCUGAAACUCAGUUUAUAUAGUAGUUCGAGGAAUGUGACCUUUGAAGUAUUCUUCUUUCACAGACAUCGACGAGUGUACAUCUGGCACACACAACUGUCAUGCUGACGCCAACUGCACGAACACCAAAGGAUCGUUUUACUGUACGUGUCAUACGGGAUACUCUGGGGACGGAGUCACAUGUGAAGGUGACUUUUCUUUGAAAGUAUUAAAAUGCUCGCGUACGUAGAACACACUCAGAAAAGAAUUAUGUCCCAAGUGUACACAUUAACAAAGAAGCAAUGGAAGAAGGGUUCAGUCAAUAGUUUGAAAUGUGCGGCAAUCUAUGAACAUAGCUGCAAGGCAUGGCUGUAACAGGCCUUUUCCUAGUUUAUCGAUUUUGUCUCUUGCUUCUAAAAAUAUAGUAUAAAAAUAAGUCCAUGAGGAAUCAGAAAUAUUUUCUUGGAGAAAAUAAAAAAAAUUAGAAUAUUGAGAGAGGAAGCCACAUCAGCCUUGGAUGGUUUUCAUGCGGGUCCUCCAUCCUGGUCGCCUGGUUGCACAAAACCUCGUUUAAAAACACACGUAAAAAGCUAACUUGAAACGGCCCAAUUCUUUUUUAAUUAUUUUUGAAUCUGGUAAUAACCAAUGUCUAAUCAAGUUCUCUGAACCUUUCUUCACUAUUUUACAAUUUCGUGUUUCACAAAAAGGGAGUUUAACAAUAAUGAAGUUCUGCCAAGAAAGCUUUUUGCAUCUUUUAUCAGUAUAGAUCUAAAAACGACAUAUUAGACUUCCACGUUGUCUAAACAUUGUUGUCUUAUAUUGGUGUACAUGAGAAGUCAUACUGUGCCCCUAAAUCGGAAGGUAUUACCGCCAGGGAUAUAAAAUAUUGUACAUUUCUAUUUCACAACAACAAGCAUUCCGACAUAUAUAAAAUAAACAAAUUAUUUUUCCCUUUGUAAUUAACACUUUAGAUAUCAGCGAAUGUCAAUCUGAAGCCCUGGCGUCUCAUCACAGCGAUUAUGCUCAUAAUUGUCACGACAAUGCUAACUGUACCAACAACAAGGGAUCAUUUUACUGCACGUGUCACCAUGGUUACUCAGGAGAUGGUGUUAUUUGUGCAGGUGAAAAAUGUCAUUAAUCUGGGAAAGUUUAACGAUGAGUGAUACAUAGGAAAUGUAACUUAGAUUAAGUAAACAACACCAGUUCUUCCAGAGCUA